CCAUGCACAGUCACUACUAAGGACAUGCGCGAGUCAAAGACAAAUUCAAGGUAAAAGGUUAUAACUUAAACUGCAUAACGUAGUCUUAAUAAAUAGCUAAUUUAUGAGAGGCAUUUUAAUUGGUGCCAUAUCAAUAUAAAAUUUAUCGAACAACAGUCCGUGAAAACUGUAGUGUGAAAUAUGAUAUUGUUAUUAUUGUAUUUGUAAAGCCUAAUGGCGCAAUAAGGAUAAAAAUACCACUGUUCGAUUCAGCGUAAGAAAUUGUACUUACGGAUGCCAAAUGUUUUAGUAAACACCCGUAUUCUAGCGAUUUAUGGCCUUUGAAAAUCAAGCGAAAUUGUAGUGACAAAUCGCUCGCAGUACGGACCGGUAUUGUUGACAAAUCACUCGCAGUACGUUUGUCCUUGUAUUUGUAUUUGUAUUGCCUAUUAGCGCAAUAAGACUGAAAAUACCACCGUUCGAUUCAGCGUAGGAAAUUGUACUUACAGAUGUCAACUGUAUUACUAUAAAACACCAGUAUUCUAACGAUUUAUGGCCUUUGAAAAUCAAGCGAAAUUGUAUUGCUGACAAAUCGCUCGCAGUACGUAUUUGUUGACAAAUCACUCGCCGUUUGUCCGACCUUGUAUUUGUAAUGCCUAUAAAUGACGCUAUAAGGAUAAUAGCACUGUUUGAUUCAGCGUAAGAAAUUGUACUUACGAAUGAGAUAUUGUAGCUACCUACGGAUGUCAACUGUAUUACUAAACAUUAUAACAAUUAUAAAAAUGCAGUACGUUUGAUCCUUGAUAACUUUGGUAUAGUUGGUUUUCUCUUUUUUGGCCGCGUAUACCAGUGGAGUCGUCUCACUUCUCUCUUCAUUUUGAUAACAUUUUGAGCCCAAAAGCCCCAAAAUAUUUUAUUUUGAACGUUUUAAACUGGCGACCGACAGAAGAAUGUAGCCUACUAUAAAAUAUAACUUUACUUGGGGGCAUGCAUAAACGCCGGAAGUUUAUUUGAAAGGUACCGCAUUUUAGUGUGUUUUAAAAGUCUUUCGCGUUCGUGUUCGACUUUUCCGCUUAGUACUGUAUGUAUCAUACACAGUAAUGUGCGUAUUUGUAUAGCCCCAGCGAGUUAACGCUCCACAGAGCGUCUUGUUUACUUCAAAACAUGCGAAAGAGUGGUUUUCGAAGCCAGCUUUUUUGCCAAAUGUGCUUCACUGACUUCACUCUUCUGUCAACUCGAUAGCAUUAUUUUCACGAAUUGUCGAAUAUAUUUCGCACAAACUCACUUUCCUCAUCCCCUAUUCUAAAAGUAUAACUUUGAAUUAAACCAAUUUAGUGCCAAACCAGGGCGAAGGGAGAGAGGGCGUGGAAACGGCCAUACAAGUCUUGGGACCAUCUGUGAUGCGGGAUUUGCGGGGCGUAAGACGCUCUAAUUGUAAACAAAUAUGGCGACGCGUAUAUGACCCAUCAGAAGGUAUGCUGGAACUAUUGCUUUAUAAAAUAUUACUUGUGUAAAAUUUAUAUGUUUUUGUUACUUUUAGCUAUUAUAAGAAACUUAAAGAUAAGAUUUAAGUAACGAAAAACCUUAUUUCGGGUGUUAUUUUAUUUCUGUACUCUGUUUAAUUUGGUGUUUAAAAAUGGCCGUCGAAAUGUUGUAAGAGAGUGUUAGCGUGCACUGCUUCCUGAUAAAAAACCAAUGAUUUCCAAAUCCUAAAUUAUAGUCCGUUAUUAAGUUGAUGAAAACCUUUGCGUAGACAAAAUUAUAGAGUGAGCAAACAUGAGACAGAUAGGUUUUGAGCCUCUCCAAGUUCGAUGUCGAAUUGACAGUUGAAAUAGUACGAAACUCCAACCUGAAAUGUGCAACUUUAUCGUGUAUAUUUUUGUCAAUUUUGUUUACUGGCCUUUGUUAAAUUCACUUGUAAUGGCUCGAUAUACAAACUGAGCAGAGCCCAUGAAAAAGCUAUCCAUACCCCUACAGUCAUUCAGCUUCCUUGCUAUUAAUUUAGAAGUUGUUGCCCAUUAGUUGAAGAAGAAAUGCUAUUGUAUGCGCUUGUUUGCACUUCCUUUCCUGAAAAUGGUUACAAUAUUAAGGUUAAAUAGCAGAGAAAUAUGAUCCAAUAAUCCACGCAAUUGAAAAUGUCUAUAAAAUUAACUUCAAAAAUCAUGAUUUGAAGAAUUAUAUCUAUCAGGCAACCCAUAAUUUAGUGACAGGUCUUGGGAUGGGUUACUACAAAUUUAUAAUAGAUGUUUACAUGAGACCGGGGCAAAAAUAACUCAGACCAGUCUCAAGUCAUUCCGCCUGCUGGACCGAGCCGACUGACUUCAGACCAGCAUGAAUUCAGACCGGAAUGAAUGUAAACACAAAUAUAUUUCAGAACGGUCUCGGAUAUAACCUUGACAUUGGAACUGUAAGUGAACAACACAUGCCAACAAAAUUAAGCCAUCUAAAAAAGAAAAUUGCCUGGCAAGGGGAGAAUAAAUUGAAAAUUUUGUGAUUUUCAUACCAGUCUCAUGUAAAAAUGUUGACAAUUUCAAUUUUCACUCCACUUUGGUUUAAACCCGGUCUCAUGUAAACAGGGUCUUACAAACUGUGAUUCAGUAUCAUGGGAUGAGAUUAAGGAAUUGAAAGAUUUUAUAAGUGAGCAAUGUUUAAAAGCAAUAUAUAUAAACAAUGAAAGAAAUGGCACUAACAGAGCCACAACUUAUCCAGAAAAGUGUAAAAUCCUAUGAUACUGAAUCACAGUUUGUGAGACAGUCCUUCAAAAGUUAGCUGAAUGUUUCCAAAACUUCAGUCAAUAUAGUUUUGUAGUACACCCAUCUAAGGGUUCCUUUUAGCUUUCACCUCGCCAAGACCUGUCACUAAAUUAUGGGUUGACUGAUAGAUAUAAUUCCUCAAAUCAUGAUUUUUGAAGUUAAUUUUAUAGACAUUUUCAAUUGCAUGGAUUAUUGGGUCAUAUUUCUCUGCUAUUUAGCUUUAUUGUAGCCAAAUGGGCAACAACUUCUAAAUAGUAAGAAGCUGAAUGACUGUAGGGGUAUGGAUAGCUUUCUCAUGGGCUCUGCUCAGUUUGUAUGUUGUAACUUAUGUCGAGCCAUUACAAGUGAAUUUAACAAAGGCCAGUAAACAAAAUUGACAAAAAUAUACACAAUAAAGUUGCACAUUUCAGGUUGGAGUUUCGUACUAUUUCAACUGUCAAUUCGACAUCAAACUUUAGGAGGCUCAAUACCUAUCUGUCUCAUGUUUGCUCACUCUAUAAUUUUGUCUACGCAAAGGUUUUCAUCAUAACUUAAUAACAAACUAUAAUUUAGGUUUGGGAAGUCAUUGUUUUUUUUUAUCAGGAAGCAGUGCGCGCCAACGUUCUCUUACAACAUCUCGAUGGCCAUUUUUAAACACCAAAUUAAACAGAGUACAGAAAUAAAAUGACAAACGAAAUAAAGUUUUUCGUUACUUAAAUCUUAUCUUUAAGUUUCUUAUAAUAGCUAAAAGUAACAAAAACAUAUAAAUUUUACACAAGUAAUAUUUUAUAAAGCAAUAUUUCCAGCAUACCUUCUGAUGGGUCAUAUACGCGUCGCCAUAUUUGUUUACAAUUAGAGCGUCUUACCCCCCGCGAAGCCCGCAUCACGGAUGGCCGUUUCCACGCCCUCUCUCCCUUCGCCCUGUGCCAAACAUAAAGCAGUAAAAUGAAAGCUUCGUGUGAAAUUUACAUUUUUCGCCCGCCACAGACAGGUGCUAGUGAUCCCCUCCCUGUUUGCUAUUUCGCCUUUCCAAAUGUUAUUUGUAACUGAUUUAUCCUUUUUUCGUUGUGUUUUUUUUCUUCAAAUUAUAGGUCUACACACAUUAUCACACCCAAUUGACAUGAUGUCGUUACCUAUGGACCAAAGAAAGGUAUAGAUUACCCUUACUUAUCUCAGAAAAUCGAGAAUUUUUCCUCAUAAAUAUUGGUCAUACACGGGGAUUGUACAGAUUGUACGUACCUUCUUUUGUAUUUAAUUGAUAACUUAACUACCAUUUUUAUAGAAUGGUUUCAGACUCGUUUAAAGCAUGUAUCAAACAAAGUAUCAUCCUCGCCUUUAGUGGAAGCGAUUUAGUAAAACGAUGCCGCUUAGUUGUGUAAAUUUGCUAUGUUAUUUUAUAGUCUAAUUGAAUACUUAAAUUUUCUUUUUCAAACUUUAAUGUUUUUGUUGACUGGUCUGAAAAACAGGGGCGGAUCCAGGAUUUUUCGUACGUUAGUCAAAGUUUUCGGAUGUACAAUCUAGUUUUGCGGGCGGCGAAUGCGCGAGGCACCUAGGGGGGUCUGUCCCCCAGGAAUUUUUAUAUUUUUAAACCUCCGAAACGCAAUUUGCAUCACUCUGAAAGCAGCUUCAACAAUUAACUUCAUGAAAUGGGAGAUAAUUAUAGCAACUAUCAGUCUGACUGACUCUCACAACUCGCUCCUUAGGGAAAAGUAAAGGAGAAGUACUUGCAGAAAUGUGAUAAUUGUGGAAGAUGUUUCAUUUUAUCAAAUUACGGAUUGCUAGUAUUAUGUUUAACUAUCUCAUGAUAGCACUGCACUCAUUUUUGUUGCCUAAUAGCCUUGUUGAGUCAUUGAUCACUUGACUAGUAAUCACUACAGUGUCAUAUUACUCAAAUAAACAUAUAUCAAUAUUAAAGUCUUAACAUUCAUCUAUAAAACCUGACCUUUAUAUCCUAUGUACACUGCGUUAAUGCAUUUAUAUAGGUUAUCCUCCAUAUUAAUAGCCUUCUGAGUUCUGACGGACCUUCAACCGCAGAAUUACAAAUAUGCAAUUUGUUGUGUAAAUCAAAAUUCAUAGCUAAAUCUAAAUCAAGAUACGCGUAUUCAAGUUACAAUUUUACAUAUGCAUGGCGCGCAUCUUGUUCGCUUAUAAAUAUUGUUAUGCUGUCUAAAACGAAAUAAAAUUUACAUAUCACAUUUAAUUUACCUUAUUGCACUUCAGAAUAAAGAUCUCGGCGCCAAUACUUCUACUCAAACAGUCAAACUGUAGUUCGUGCUAUUCGUGGCGCUUACGCCGCUUAGCAACUGCUCACUGAAUGGAACUCUCCGAUAUUUAGCGUUGAUUUUCCUCCCAAGAUCAGCGCAACAGUCUUGUAAGACAGCUAAAUCAUUCACUGCAAAUGCGGAUUGAACCGUUUCGUGAAUACUACAAGGACUGGAGUCUGGAGCAGCAGACAUUUCCGAAUUUUCCGUAGAUAUCUUUAAAUUGAAUCUUCCGACAAAGCUACAACAUGACACUUCGAAUGAGCGCGCGCUCGGAAAGACUUUACCACGCGUCAAAUAUUAAUGAUAUUCCGACUAAUGGAGCGCCCCUGACUUUUGUAAAUCGGUCAGAACUCCCCACAGAUCAGUCAAAAUCGCAAAAAAUCGCUUGUUACCAUGGCAAUAAGCGUCUAGACCAAUCAAAACACUGGAUUUUGACUUUUUGACUGACCGACUUUGCGUAUGUCAGCUGUUCAUUGACUUGACUAAGCUCGUCGGCUCAACCACUGUAUGAAAUUUGAUCACUGGACUACAGUUCGAUUGGAAUGUUAAUUGCUAGCGCUGCAUGAUAAUAGAUACUGGACUAUUAUAAGAUGUCGCUGCAUGAUAAAAAAUAACUGGACUAUUGGUCGAAUAUUUAAGACUUUAAUUAAGUUUGCAAUUUUUACGUUAGUCGCGUGACUGGUUUGACGACCCCUAAAUCCGCCCCUGCUGAAAAACUAGUAAGCACUAUUUAAAAACCUUAUUAAAAGGGAUUCAGUCGAUUUAUUGGCCGUUUUUAUACUAGAGACGCAUUAUGCGUCUAGACGCAUAAUCCGUCUUCUAAAUGAAUACGAAUAAUCGGACGAACUUUCAGCAUUUAUUGUUCGUCUGGUAUUAUGCGUCCCCAGUAUAAAGAAGGGCACAAGACGCAUUAUGCGUCUAGACGAAGUAUCAUUGGUUGUGUGUCUCUUAAUUGGUGACGCAUAACCAGACGAACAACAAAUGCUUGCCCAAGUUCGUCCAGACGCAUAAUGCGUCUCUAGUAUAAAAACAGCCAUUAAUUCUAAAAAUUCCUAAAUCAAAAUUAAUCAAUUCAAAAAAAUCGUCAAAAUAUUCCUACACCCAUCCAUCGGCUGAACAAGCGAAAUCGAAUUAAAAUAUUUAUACAUGCUAUAGUGACUUUGUUUCCACCCCAUAGUUGCUAGCAUAAGCUGAAAUAUUCGGGAAAAAUGUUAAUAACGUUAAUAACGAACCACGAUGGGUGCGAUUGUUACGUUGUAAAAAUAAUUUGUUUUCCUUACCCUCAAAAAAUGAAUCUUCAAUAAUUUUAGCGUCAUAAUUUGUUAAUUAAAAAAUGAAAAAGUUGCAUCUGUGCUGAUUUCUCGAUAAUAAACACAGGAAUACAUAUAGAAACCUAGAAAUUCAAAUUUCCACACCUUGUUAGGCAAAACCAGGAUUUUAGUUUACCCAAAGCAUGCAAAUAAAGGCAUAUGAUUGGUUUGUACUAUUGUUCCACCCUUCUGUUAUUUUGUUAUAUAUAAGUCAUUCUACAAGAUAUUUGAGUCUAGUUCGCUGAUGCUGUCCCAUGUACAUGAACAUUCUUCAUGCAGAUUAGUGUUCCAAGCUACACUGCAUGAUGGCUGCAGAACGGCAACAUUACGUGUCAGUACUAUGAACGCCCCUUCACUUCCGUGCCGUUGAGCAUUCUGUGAAUACGUGUGAAAACCAUGCAUUAGCGAUUAUACAACACUCACUAUACGCGUGAAGUUUGAGUACUCUGGGCCCUUGCGCACUAUCUGAAUGUAUUUUUUGCCACCGACAGCAUCGUUCAGAUUAAUUAAUCCAAGAAUGAUAUUUUUUGCACAUGAAAAUAUUAUCCGCAUAUGAAAAUAUUAUGGCAAUUAAUAUUUUCCCAGUUCUUCAAAGUGGUCAUCGGUUAUACUACGUGGUUUUUACAAGAUAUCUCGAAGAAUGUUAGAAUUUUAGAGGUCAUUGCACAUGUUUUUUUCUAAAAUUACAAGGAAUGGUCACAUUUUAAUGAUGUAUUUGCUAUAUACAGUGGAAAAAUCAUUCUACAUUGUAGUGUACUUUGUGUGACAUAUUUAACGUUUUAAGAUAGGCGGUAAAAUAAUUAUUUUAUGUGAAUAAUUCUGAUGCUAUUUGUAAUUACAACGAAACGAAUCGUACCUACCAUAUACUAGUAAUAACGAAGUAUUAGAAAUCUUACCAAGCGUUAAGUUGUUGGGCCUCACAAUAAACAACAACUUGAAAUGGAAGAACCAUGUAACUGAAAUUAUUAAGAAAGCUGCACGCCGAAUCUAUUUUUAAUCCAGCUAAAGAGAGCUAAUGUUCCUUCUGUAGACCUUGCUCUAUUUUAUAAAUAUAUCAUGCAUAAGAUCUGUUGUGGAUUUUACAGCGGCUGUGUUCCACUAUUCCUUACCCCAAUAUCUCUUAGUCGAUUUGGAACGUAUACAGAAAAGAGCACUAUCAAUUAUUUUCCCCUCUUAUCCAUAUAAAGACGCGUGUAAAAUUCUUAACUUGGAUGAUCUUGGAACCCAUCACGACAAAUUGUGUUCUAACCUGUUUGAAAACAUUCUCAAAGACCAGCAUCAUAAACUUUAUGAUCUUUUGCCAGAACGUUGCGAAAAUACUAAAUAUAACUUACGGCAUCCUAGGAUGUUUGAUUUGCCAAAAUAUCGAACUAAUAGGUUCCGAGACACUUUUAUCGUACAGAGUUGCAUUAGGAAGAACGCAGAAAAACUUUUAGAUGAUACUGACAGUUAGUUGUUUUUAAAUUUAGUAAUAUUGAUAAUAAUAUAACAUUUUUGUAAAUAACUUCUUCAUUACGCAAUUCAGCUUUUUAGCUGCUAUGUAAUUUUUUAAUAAACCAAUCAACAAUUAAUAUACUGUCAUUUAUUAUAUGGACAAGCGUCGGAUAUGCGCUAUGCUACAGUCUGAUUGGUUUUCAACCAGCAGUAUAUAUUAGCUGAUAUCCUGUUAGUAGAGAAAUCAAGAUAGCGGCGAAAAAUAUAACCAAGAAUUUCGAAUAGGGAAAAACAACAACAUUUUAGUCGUAAAAUGUAUAAAAAUACUAUGAAAACACUUAAAUUAAAGCAAUUGUCUUAAUAUUUUAAAAUAAAUACUUAAUAUUUAAACUGGUUAAAAAGAAUAUUUUUUGAAAUAGUUGAUGCUGAAAAGGCGACGACAAGGACACGAAGAGUAUAUUCAUUGGCAUAAUUGUUAAGAAAAGGUCGAAAUAUACAGCGAAACUGAGUCGGUGAAGCAGUAGUUGUCUAUAUAAUAAAACACUCACUCUCUUCGUAUGGGCUUUAUAGCCAAUUCGGCGCUAUGCGCCUCGUCGGCUAUCAGCUCAUGUACGACUCAAGUUCGUAGAAUAACUGUUAAAUAUACAGCCCUUCAUUGAUCUAUAAAAACAAGUUGUUGUGUACAGUUUUAAUGAUAAAAUGUUCGUGGUCAUUAUUUUAGAUAGACUUGAAGCUUCUCUUGGAUACAAUGAAAAUUGAAUCUCCAAACAGUCCGACAGCAAAGAAGAACAAAGUAUUGUAUCUAUUUCUUAAAGGAGAAGAAAUGCGUUCUGAGGAAAAUAUUGUCAUGGCAAAACUGUACUUAGAAAAAGCCAGGGAGUUAGGUGCUGGUGUGGCGGAUCAAUUUGUCAAAGCUGGUAUUUUGGAGAGUUUAGGUUACUGUUAUUCAGCGGGUGCUGAGUACGAAAAAGCUAUAAAAACGACCAAUGAUGCUAUAGCUGCAUUUAAGCGCCUUUCAGGAGAAAGGGGACAGUUGGGCCAAGGUAAUUGCCUUGUUUCCGUUGGAACUAUAUUUAAAAACCUUGGUAAGUAUGAAGAGGCCAUGCCAUAUUACGAGAAUGGUUUGGAGAUUUUGUUAAGGCUGCGAAACAAAAAUCCUUUGGUAGUUGACUAUGAAACGAUUUUGGGCAAUGCCUAUGCGAACAUGGGAGAAUUCCACAAUGAAAUAAAAAAGCACGAACAAGCCAUAGAAUUGUGUCAAGAAGCUUUAAAAAUAUUCAAAAAAACAGGGAACAAACUUGAAGAGGCCAGGGCCCUACAUAACACAGGGAUUGCGUAUACUGGGAUGGGAAAUUUCAAGCAAUCUAUCGAGUACUGUGAAAAAAGCGCCCAUAUUUUCAAGAAUAUUGGCAACAAACAAGGCCUGUUCGAUUCUUAUCAAGUCUUAGCAAACAAUUACCGCUACAUAGGUAAAAUAGACAUUUCUAAACGUUAUUUCGAGAGCUGCAUCGCGAACGACAUUCACCGCGACAUGAAACAGUUGACUGACUUGGCCAUGUUAUAUGGAAAUAUGGGACUUUUGGACUACGAAAUGGCGCUAGUGGAAUUUUUUAGUGUAAGUGAUGCUAAAGAAUCAUUCGAACGCUGUAUUGAUUCCUUUAAACUGUCUAUUGAAACAACCGAUAAAAUUUUGGAUCGUCUAUCAGAAGACAGUAAUUUGACUGCAUUUUCAGAUAGAUUUUACCGUUGGUAUGACCAUCUUACUGCUCCUUUCAUUCUGUCAGGAAGAUCGACGGCUGCAUUGUUAUUUCUAGAUUUGGGAAGGGCAAAAAUAUUGAGAAACCUUGUUUACCACCAGCAAGUAAAACGCCAAGUGGGGGAUAAGGUUAAGUCGAAUUUUGAAUCAUCGUGGAAAACCAUCGAAAAUGGUAAUGAGAAGGAAAUAAUUUGCAGCCUCACUCGUGAAAUUCAAUUAUCGGAAUCUAAUGCAACUGUGCUUUUCUACAAUUUCAACCGCGCUGGUAUCUUUACGAUUUGGGUAUUAGACGCCUGUGGAUGUGUGUCUUUGAAAAGCUCAGACCCAAUAGACACUAAUUUCUCAACAUCUUACGAGGAACUGGUAGACAACAUCAAAACGGUGCUUGAGAAAACAUCCGUUCGACUUUCACGCGAGUACUCUUUUUUCGACCACUUGAAGGGUUUUGAUUCGGAAGAGAUGAAUGCAAACGAUUUCACCUGUAGACCACGUUCCAGUGAAGAAAAAGUAAGAGAAGGGACAAAUCACAACGCUAAAAAAGAGAAAAUGAAAGACGGGAAGAAUGAGUUCAGAGCACCCGCAAAAAAGGUUGAGGAAUCAUGCCAUGGUGAUUUAACCAAAGAAGCACGCUCCCGUUUAUACAAAGCAUUGAUUGAUCCCGUGAAGAGUUUGAUAAAAGGAACUAAGCUCAUUCUUGUUCCACAACGAAGUCUUUUCUUUGUGCCUUUUUCGUCGCUUGUCGACGAAAAUGGCAGCCUCUUGUCGGAGAAAUACCAAAUCCAAAUUAUUCCCUCAGUUCACGUGCUCGCGUCAAGCAUGCAGACAUCGUCAGGCAAGCGAAUUGGAGGUUCUUUGUUUGUCGGAAACCCGAACUGUGAAAGUGUUCAGCUGCCAUCUCUACCGUCAGCAGCAGACGAAGUCGAAUAUCUUGCAUCACUUCUAGGUGCGAAGCCACUUACCGAACACAGGGCAUCAAAAAGUAAAGUGAUGAAUCUUAUGUCUGAUGCGUCCAUUAUUCAUAUUGCCGCCCAUGGUCAGGAAGGAACUGGACACAUUUUCCUUGCUCCUGAAUCUAGAAAAUCAAACGACGGCGCUCACCCAACUUCAUCGUCCCAUCUUCUCACACAAAGCGAUGUUCUAAAGUGCAAGUUGUCUGCUCGUCUGGUGGUGCUUUCGUGUUGCCACUCUGGCAAGGGAAAGCUAUCUUCCGAGGGCGUUUUGGGCAUUGCCAGAUCAUUCCUUGGGGCUGGUGCCAAGUCGGUUCUGGUUACACUGUGGGCUAUCAACGACUUGUUCACACAAAAAUUCAUGAAAGUUUUCUACGAAAAGAUUUUAGAGGAAAAAUCGGCUUGUUUGGCGUUGAAAGAAACCAUGAAUUACUUCCAGAAGAUUAGACAGUAUGAUUCAUUUCUGUACUGGGCUGCGUUUGAAAUCCUCGGGGAAGAUGUAAGUUUCACUAAAGGCGAAAUCGCGGAAAUUCAAAGAAGGAAUAAGGAUGUAAAACUCGUUUAGUUUUCUUCAACUAAACUAACGUACUACAGUAUGUUAAGUAACUCGUUAAUAUAAACGUUUGAAUUGUUUGGAAAUACUUAAAGAAUUCUGUGAAUGAAAUUAUAUUUGGUAAAAGACAUCGACUUUGGUUGUAAAAUAUAUUAGACCACCGAACUGUCAAGAUAAUGUUAUCGUGUGCGUAAUUUCAGCGGUAUGAUUUUCAAGUAGGCCUUAUAGCGAAUAAGGACUGAAUAUGCUGACCAUUUCAUCAGUAGUAGCCAAAGUUGACUUUUAGAACAGAGGGGACUUCUGUCUACGCAUGCGCGAGAAAC